AUGGUCAGACAACUCAAGCACCACGAGCACAAGCUCCUCCGCAAGGUCGACUUCUUCAAGCCCGACACGAAACAAGGGACCAUCCGCCAGAACGAUGUAGUGCGCCGCGUACGUCCAUCUCCCAUCUCUUCUUCAUACGAGAGACCCACCACUAACCACCACGCAAACAGNUACAUGAUCCAAAGGCCCGAAGACUACACCUCCUACAACCGCCUCUGCGGCCAACUGCGCCAACUCGCCCACCGCCUCACCCUCCUGCCCCCAGACAACGCCUACCGCCUCGCGACCGAAAAGAAACUCCUUGACAAACUCUACGACAUGGCCAUUCUCAGCGAGCGCUCCAAACUCUCUGCCGUCGAAAACAAAGUCACCGUGUCUGCAUUUGCUCGCAGACGUCUAAACGUCAUCCUCACAAGACUGCAAAUGGCUCCUGAUCUCAAGGCCGCCACUACUUUUAUCGAGGGUGGCCAGGUCAGAGUGGGUACAGAGGUUGUUACCGAUCCUGCAUUUUUGGUCACGAGGAAUAUGGAGGACUUUGUGACGUGGGUCGACUCGUCAAAGAUCAAGAGGACCAUCCACAGAUACCGCGACAAGCUGGACGACUUCGACUUGCUUUGA